UCCACUUUCUUGAUAAGUGGGAUGUCGAAAUAUUGACUGUCGAUUUUAGGAUUAAAACUUGACAGAUGAGAGAAAGAUGAGACAUUCUGGAUGCUCCACAGCUGGUAAAAUGCGAGGAACACUGGUCUUAGGUUUGAUAAUAUGCUUCAUUCAUUUAUCAGUGUCCACCCUUUCGCCCCGUGGUCCACGACCUACCGAGUUUGGUCACCUAAGAUCAUCUUCAUGUUCAGAGCAGAACAAAUGGCCAAUCUGUACUGACGAUGACUUGGGCCCUAAAUGUCCAUCUGGAUGCAGAAUGCAAGGAUUAAUAGAUGUUAAAAACCAAGAAAAUGAUGAGCGGGUACGAGACAUCCGACGCCUGUUGGAAGAGUAUUCCAAAAUGUUUGGGAAUACUCACAUUACUGUGACUGAAGCUAUCAAUAGAAUCAGACAGUCUCUGGAUGGAUUGGGAAGAUUUGGUGAUAACUAUUAUCAGCAAGUAGAUCAUCUGAAUUCCAGACUUACUAUUUUGCAGAACAGAAUCAAUGAACAAAUUAAUAAAAUAAAUCGACUGCGAAACACCAUUUUAGAACAAUUCAACGAGAUUACAAGACUGGAGGUUGACAUUGAUAUCAAGAUACGGGCUUGCAAAGGAUCUUGUAAAAAAUCAUUCAUUUACAACAUUGAUAGAGAACGUAAUGCACAACUGGCAAAAAAUCUUAUGUCUAUGACUUCAUUCAGAAUUGAAAGGAUUGAAUAUGGAAAACCAACUCACACUUUCAAAAUAAGGUUACUAAAAGGUGUAACCAAUACUAAUUAUAAAACUGCUGAUAUAGGAGAUACAUAUCCUCAUUUCUGGGAUGACACAAAUGUGAGGGAAUUUAGCCUAGAAACAAAUACUGAAGUUUCAAGUGGUAUUGAAAGUAAAGGUCUAAUUAGUUAUGAUCCAGCAGUUAGUGCAACUCCACAGUCAGGUGUAAAAAUACUAACUGAUACAAGGGGUACAAGUAGCACAUCUCGGCAUGUAAUUACACACUCAAGUGGAAAAACACUAACUGAUGGAAGUGGUACAAGUAGCACAUCUCGGUAUGUAACUACACACUCAAGUGGAAAAACACUAACUGAUGGAAGUGGUACAAGUAGCACAUCUCGGUAUGUAACUACACACUCAAGUGGAAAAACACUAACUGAUGGAAGGGGUACAAGUGGCACAUCUCGGCAUGUAACUACACACUCAAGUGGAAAAACACUAACUGAUGCAGAUGUUGAACAUAGCAUAUUGCGAGGUGAUGGUAUAUAUAGUAGUGAAUUGCACCACUUCGCAGACAAUCUUGAUGAAAAAUCACAUGUCCCAAAUCGACAUUUCACCCAGAGUUCCCAGCUUAAAACAUCCACUUCACAUGGGUCUGUAACUACUAAAACAAUCAUUUCAAAAGAUGGUAGAGUUACUGAAACAGUCACAGUAGGUGCGCCUGAUUUCCUCUCUUCUCCAGUUGAACAUUCUUUUGGUGAAUUAGGAAUACCAUUAAAUACUAAGACUGCUACUAGCACAUCCACACAUCACUCACCUGACUUUGAAAGUCUUCGGACUUCAGGUACCAAAUCCACUGCAUCUAAGGUGGGUAGUAGGGUAGUUCAUAGAAUCACAAGCACUAGUGACUCAGGCGACUUCUCAAACCUAGGGGAUUUCACUGAUUUUGGCACUGCAGAUAGCAGAGAGCCAGGUGUCAGAGUGGAUGGGCUUAGUAGUUCAACAAGAACAGUUAUUCAUGAAACACAACGCUGGUCGAAAGAGGGUGGUUCAAAGGGAUUCAGAAGUAGCCAUGAUGUGAAUGUGCACAAUCUUCCUGAUGAAGAAACUCAGGCUAGCCAUAUGCUUCAAAGUGAACAAUAAUGAGAUGGAAGCAGCAUUAUAAAAGCAAGUCAAGAGAAUAGAAGAUUUUUCAAAAGAUUAUCAGCCUUUAUCAACUAUUUUCUCAAUCCCAUUAUUGGUUAAAGAAGGAAAGCUUUCUUAACUCACUUCAAUAAAAAUAUGCCAUGAUUGAUAUGA